AUGACUUCUGAUCAGGACACUAAAGUUGUGGCUGAACCGCAGGCACAGCGAGUCCAGGAGGGCAAGGAUAGCUCUCAUCUGAUGAAUGGUCCUAUAUCGCAAACCACUUCUCAAACAAGCUCCAUCCCAGCUUUGACUCAGGUCCCAACAACUAAGGUUUCAGAGCUAAACCCUAAUGCGAAAGUAUGGGGGACUCAUAUGUUACAUUUGGAAGCGAGUAGUGCGGCUGUUGGUGUGAAUGCCUCGUGGGAGGAGGCCCCCGGUCAUCCUGCAGACUGCGACCAGCAGGGAUUGGAUACCAAUGGCGAUGGUGACAAAAGUCAUGAGAAUGUCGCACUGUCAGACUUAGAGGAGGCGGACCAGACAGACAUGAGCACUCUGGCUCUGGAUCAUUCGGAAUAUGAACCUCUGCCUGAAAGUAAUGAUACGGGAGGAAAUGAGUCUCAACCAGAAAGCCAGGAAGACCCCCGAGAAGUACUUAAAAAAACAUUGGAAUUCUGCUUAUCUAGGGAGAAUCUUGCUAGCGACAUGUACCUUAUAUCCCAGAUGGACAGUGAUCAGUAUGUGCCAAUUACAACGGUAGCUAACCUUGACCAUAUCAAGAAACUCAGUACUGAUGUGGAUUUGAUUGUUGAAGUGCUAAGAUCUUUACCUUUAGUCCAAGUAGACGAGAAGGGAGAGAAAGUAAGGCCAAAUCAAAACCGGUGCAUAGUAAUAUUGCGUGAAAUAUCUGAAUCCACUCCUGUGGAAGAAGUAGAAGCACUAUUUAAAGGAGAUAAUUUACCAAAAUUUAUAAACUGUGAAUUUGCCUAUAAUGAUAAUUGGUUUAUUACCUUUGAAACAGAAGCUGAUGCACAGCAGGCUUACAAAUACCUUCGAGAAGAAGUCAGAACUUUUCAAGGAAAGCCAAUUAAGGCACGGAUAAAAGCAAAGGCAAUAGCGAUAAACACAUUUUUGCCAAAGAAUGGAUUUAGACCUCUGGACAUGAACCUUUACACACAGCAACGUUAUGCUACAUCCUUUUACUUACCUCCAGUGUACAGUCCCCAGCAGCAGUUCCCUCUGUACGGCCUGAUUGCCCCUCAGACAUGGUCAGCAACACAUAGUUAUCUCGAUCCACCCUUGGUAACUCCAUUUCCAAGUACUGGAUUUAUAAAUGGGUUUACAUCUCCGACCUUCAAACCUGCAGCGUCUCCUCUGACAUCACUCAGACAGUAUCCUCCUAGAAGCAGGAAUCCUAGUAAGUCUCAUCUGCGCCAUGCGAUUCCUAGUACAGAGAGAGGGCCCGGGCUGCUAGAAAGUCCUUCAAUAUUUAACUUCACUGCAGAUCGAUUAAUUAAUGGCGUCCGGAGCCCACAGACGAGGCAAGCAGGGCAAACUAGAACACGAAUACAGAACCCUUCAGCUUAUGCCAAGAGAGAGAUUGGAACUGGGCGUGUGGAGCCAAGUAGUCUUGAAUCCUCUCCUGGUUUAGGGAGAGGAAGGAAAAAUUCCUUUGGCUAUCGGAAGAAAAGAGAAGAGAAGUUUACAAGCAGUCAGACUCAGUCUCCAACACCACCAAAGCCUCCAUCACCAAGUUUCGAACUGGGGCUGUCCAACUUCCCCCCAUUACCUGGAGCUGCAGGCAAUUUGAAGGCAGAGGACUUGUUUGAAAACAGGCUUUCCAGCUUGAUCAUAGGAUCUUCAAAAGAAAGAAACCUCAGUGCAGAUGCGAGCACAAACACUGUUCCUGUAGUGGUCCCCAGAGAGCCUUCCGUGGCAGCAGCACCCUGUGCUGUGGCAGCAGCAUUUGAACGGUCUCCUUCCCCAGCCCAUUUACCCGAGGAUCCCAAGGUGGCAGAAAAGCAGAGGGAAACCCACAGUGUGGACAGACUCCCUUCUACCCCUACUACAACUGCAUGUAAAUCAGUGCAGGUGAAUGGAGCAGCAACAGAAUUGCGAAAGCCCAGUUAUGCAGAGAUUUGUCAGAGAACGAGUAAAGAGCCUCCGUCCUCCCCAUUGCAACCCCCAAAAGAACAAAAGCCAAACACUGUCGCCUGUGGGAAGGAGGAGAAGAAGCUCACUGAACCUGUGGAGAGAUACAGAGAGCCCCCUGCCCUCAAGUCCACUCCUGGGGUCCCCAAAGAUCAGAGGAGGCAGCCUGGGCGCCGACCCUCGCCUCCAGCUGCUGGGAAGCGUCUAAACAGGGAACAGAACACUCCCCCCAAGUCUCCUCAGUGAAAGCCGGAUGCCUGGGAGGGGUCUGGAAGAGCUGUAUUCACCACAAACGAAGCUCUCCCACUCAGUACGGAAUGAGCCGCUGGUUAGGAGCUUGCAGUGUCUGUGAGGCCCAUGGGAUGCCUGCAAGUUAUUUUCCUUCUGUGAGUCGGAUUUUCCCCCUCUUGAAAAAAAAAAAAUCUAUUUUUCAGGAUUUAAUUAUAUAAUAUAAACCUUAUUUUAGGUUGGUGCUUAACUGGAGGUGACGCAGAAGUCUGUUUUUCAGGAUAGAAAAUCUAUUUAUCCUAACAAAUGGAUAUUUUUUAUUAAGCCUCCACGUGGCUCUGAAUGCAAGCUAUAUAUAUGAGUUUUUCUAAAUUAAGGGAACUAUGCUACUUCAUUUUUUUUUUUUUAAACAACUGGUCUGCAAGUGCAUAUGGGUAGGGUGUCCCCAACAGAUGGAUGAGGGCUAAUGGCGCAAGCAGGGGCAGCCUUGGCCUCACAGAGCAAGGGACUGGCAAUGUCAGGGCACUGGCAUACUGGCACAGGAGCUGUGUUUUCAUCUAAACCGUUAGUUGACAGGAAAUUCUAGCUUUAAAAAAGAUACCUAUGUAUAUACAGUUCUUUUUGACCUCGUGGGCAGAAGGACCUGCAAAGAGCACCCUAGAAAGACCUGAAACCUUUGAGUUUGGAUGUCCUGCGAGCAAGUAACCAGCUUCUCACUCCAGUUCCAAGUGGCUAUUAUGUAAAAUAAAUUCAAAGCACAUUGUGAAUAGAACCUAGAUGGAAAUAGAAACUCUGUUGCCCACUGACAUCAUACCAUGAAGUUACACCAUGAUGUUUUGGUCCCUGUGAGCAGGCUACCUGGCUCCCAGCCUCGAGUGCUUGCUCUGUCCGUGUCCCCCACGCAUUCUUGCUGGAGAGUCGUGUCUUAACCAGCUCUGUGUGGAUGUCUUCCUGUACCUCUGCUUCGGCACAUGGAUUUAGAAGUACCUAGCCAUGAGAGAGUGGUGUUUGUGGUCCCCCCUCUGGCUGGUGGAGGACAGAAUCCUUGCUCUUUUUUACCUCCAAGACGAGGGUCUCACUGAUUCUUUCUAAGAAGCGCUGCUGCACUUGUGAAGAACAAGGGUGCAGUAAAGUUAGCAAGUUUAUAAUAAAGUUACAGAUAAAUUAUUUUUGUUUUAAAAUGCCUAAAAUUUUUCUUUAAGUAUUCUAAGCAGCAGACAUUAAAAUAGUUCCUGCUAAGUGUAACCAUACAGCUUAUUCCACAAAAUGCUAUUUAAUAAGACUGAAGUUUGUUUUGGUUUUUUU